GGUAAUAAAAGACCCAUGCAUGGUGUUUCCUCCUCUGGGUGACAGACUCCAUGCAACUCUCAACAACUGACAUACUUUUGUAAUUCAAUUUUCUCAUCUAUAAAAUGGGGUUAAUUUCCCCUCUCUUCUAUCUGCCUCUAAGUCUUAGCUAGAUAAGCUUCUUGGAAAAGGUCCUAUAAUUAAAUGAGUUUAAAAGUCUCCUUUUGCCUAAUAAGAGUACCUCACGGUGUACUGCAAAGUAACCUCAAAAUAUAUUCAGUUAAAUAAGCUAAAACAAUGAUUCAGUUUUCUUUAAUCACAGAUUGACUUCCCUGAGAGUUAUUUAAAUAAUGAUAAAGAUGGGCAAGGCUAUUUUCUGCUUAUUUUGCAGUCCAUAAUUUUCGUACGCAGUGUUGCAGGAUGGAGAUGUGGCAGUAUCCAAAGUGAGGGGGAAAGUUAACAUGUACCAAAAACCUUGUCAAAUUUGGUUAAGAUUUCAAGAAAACUCUUAAGGACUUUUUACAGUUCUACAUUUCACCCUAGUAUAGCAAUUUCUGAAAAUGAACUCGUCCCUGUUACUCUCUCCCUCUCGACCCAAGGACGCAUAAGUAAUAUUUAUCAGGGUUUUGUCCUUAGUCACAGUCCCUCAAAGGGGCCCAGUUUCACCUACACUGCGUGGGAGGCUGGGCUGCCACCCCACGCUUCCUGUCAAGGAUUCCUGGGGCUAGAGCCUGAACUUGGACUAGCCCCUUCUUCUUCAUGCUAAUUCCGCCCUUCUAGCCCCUCUGGACGCGCGUCUGAAGGCCAAGAUCUCGCGAGAGUGGCUGACUGGCUGUGGGGGUUGCGGCGGCAGCAGGCGGAGCCGGGGAGGGAAAGCAGCGGCGGCUGAGGCGGCUGAGGCGGCGGCGGGCGGAGCGGCAGGCGGCGGCGGCGCGGCGGCGGAGCGCAGCAUCAUGGCGGACCGAGACAGCGGCAGCGAGCAGGGUGGUGCGGCGCUGGGCUCGGGCGGCUCCCUGGGGCACCCGGGCUCGGGCUCGGGCUCCGGCGGGGGCGGUGGUGGCGGCGGGGGCGGCGGCGGCAGUGGCGGCGGCGGCGGCGGGGCCCCGGGGGGGCUGCAGCACGAGACGCAGGAGCUGGCCUCCAAGCGGGUGGACAUCCAGAACAAGCGCUUCUACCUGGACGUGAAGCAGAACGCCAAGGGCCGCUUCCUGAAGAUCGCCGAGGUGGGCGCGGGCGGCAACAAGAGCCGCCUCACUCUCUCCAUGUCAGUGGCCGUGGAGUUCCGCGACUACCUGGGCGACUUCAUCGAGCACUACGCGCAGCUGGGCCCCAGCCAGCCGCCCGACCUGGCCCAGGCGCAGGACGAGCCGCGCCGGGCGCUCAAGAGCGAGUUCCUGGUGCGCGAGAACCGCAAGUACUACAUGGAUCUCAAGGAGAACCAGCGCGGCCGCUUCCUGCGCAUCCGCCAGACGGUCAACCGGGGGCCCGGCCUGGGCUCCACGCAGGGCCAGACCAUUGCACUGCCCGCACAGGGGCUCAUCGAGUUCCGCGACGCUCUGGCCAAGCUCAUCGACGACUACGGAGUGGAGGAGGAGCCGGCCGAGCUGCCCGAGGGCACCUCCUUGACUGUGGACAACAAGCGCUUCUUCUUCGAUGUGGGCUCCAACAAGUACGGUGUGUUUAUGCGCGUGAGCGAGGUGAAGCCCACCUACCGCAACUCCAUCACCGUGCCCUACAAGGUGUGGGCCAAGUUUGGACACACCUUCUGCAAGUACUCGGAAGAGAUGAAGAAGAUCCAAGAGAAGCAGAGGGAGAAGCGAGCCGCCUGUGAGCAGCUCCACCAGCAGCAGCAGCAGCAGCAGGAGGAGACCGCCGCUGCCACCCUGCUGCUGCAGGGUGAGGAAGAAGGGGAAGAAGAUUGAUCAAACUGGCAAAAAAACCCCACACACAUGCAUACACACACACACACACACACACACACACACACACACACACAGAGCCACAACAGAGAAAAUAUACUGUAAAGAAAGAGAGAAAAUAAAAAGUAAAAAAGUAAAAAAAAAAAAAUAAUAACUCUUAACUCCAAGGGAGCACCACCCACAGAACCUCCACCAACUGACAGUUUCUCUUCUUGACUUGCCACCCAUCGCUGGAUGUUGUCCACUUUAUCCACCAUAUAAAACAGUAAGCAGCUGCUAAAAACAAAAAAAAAAAAACAAAAAAAAUACAAAAAGUAAUAACAUUAUAUGAACUGUGUUUCCUACUUGAUUAAAAAAUAUAAAGAACUGAGUGUUUAUUUCCCUAAUUAACCAAGAACUUUUGUACACGUUUAAGCUAUUAUUAUUAAAAGUGUUUGCAAAAUGGUCAAGAUUAUAAUAUUGCUGAAUUAUAUAAAAGUCCUUUUCAUGUUGAGCUAACAUUUGACUUUAGCACAAAAAAGAGAUAUUUUAGAACACGUAAAAUAAUAUUUUUAGUUUUUCUCAUUUUGUUACCAAAUUUCAAACCUUACAUGGAGGUUAUUAUAGUAUAUUUGACACCCUAUAUACCUGUGAUUAGAGAUGUGUAUAUAUAUGAGGGCUAGGCAUGCUGUGUGUCUGAGCUUUGUCUAAAUGUUAUGCAGAAGUUUGUAGAGUUAAAGGUACGUAGGUUUAAUUCAUGCAAGGUAAACAAUAAGUGCUCUCUUUUAUACAAUAUGCAUUGCAUCUGGACCUUAAACAUAAAAAAAUGGUCAGUGAAACUUCUGUGAACAUGAAGAAAUUAUUAAAAAAGGCAUUUAAAUGAAAUUUGCUAAGUUGUGAUUUUUAUGGUUGGAACCAAAGUUAUUCAAAUAGUGAAAGAAAAAAGAGAAAGAAAAGGAAAUCUCCCAUAAUAUUUUUCUGCAUCUGUUUGCUUUGACUGAGUAGGCGUUUUGUCAUUAUUGUGUAUAUGAGAUGUACUUGUAUUGUUCAUAAUAUAUUUUUUUUAUUAUGUGUAGAAAGAUUUUAAAAACUAACGUGCAGCAAUUUCCAGUGAACCUGUUCUUGGACAUCAGGUAGUGAGUCUAUUUGUGGUCACUAGCACUGUCUCCUAAACUUGUAAGAAGUCUGAAGCUACCCUUUGAUUUUUGCCAGUGCUAUUAACUUAUGUAGACCUGUUAAAAAGCAGAGCAACACAAUUAUAGUUAUCCUACUGAGCCAUGGAUUCUGAGCUUCAUUUUAAAAGUGAAAGCCAAGUUGGUGUAUGUAAAGGAUUUCCAUGUAGCUGUGGUGCUAGUUAUUACUGGCUACAUUAUAUGCUAAUGUAUUUGUGUUCCCCAAGUGUACAAGCCUUUUAUCAAAAGUAUGUUCUAUAACUCAUAUAUUCAAGGUGUAGGGUAUGAAAAUGCAAAGCUUAGGAGAGCACUUUACAAAGCUGGUGUCCUCCAAACUGAAAUUGUUUGUAACGAUAGUCUUUUACAGGUUUUCAUUUAAAGAUGUUCGUGUGCUUUUAAUUGACAACUAACUUCUUGCUGCUGUAUAGUAAAAUAUUAAUAUAUUUUUAUCAUUAAACUGCUGCAUGACUAUCAUCUUUGAGUGAAGAGAAAAUGUUAUAAAAAAAAGAUGCCUUAAACAGUACAUUUUGGUUUGGAAUUCUGUAGAAAGUAUUUUGGUUUAAAAAAAAAAAAGGAUCUUGUCUGACAUAGAGAGUUCUGGGGAUGGAAUUGUUUUCUUGGCAAAUCCAGCCGUGUAGAUCUAACUGCUGUAUGUAGAAGACACCACCUGUAGGAGCUGGAAGGGAUCAUGCUUCUCACAUUGUAAAGCAUUGGCCUAGGAAGGUGAAAAAGUUGUCUUUUUGAAGGAUUUUUUUUUUUUUCUGCUGGUUCUUUGGGUUUUGAGUUGGUAUUUUUAAGCUCCCUGGUUGAGUGUGUUGUCUUUGUUUUUGAGAUCUACUGUAUGUGUUGAAUAACAAGCUAUUUCCAUUGUACUGUGCAUUUUCCCAUUAAAUUGUUUGCUUUUAAUAUUCAUACAAUGUUAAAUAUGAGGUGACCGUAAAAUAGUUAGGAGUUUCUUUACUUACAAAAAUCACUGGAAAUGAUUAAAUUGCUUUUCCCUUUCCCCCAAGGUGCAUUUUUCUUUCCAUAUAGUAAAGUUGAGCUUCUACAGUGCAUAAUGUGACAUUUGGAAUGCUUAUCAACUGCAUGUAAACAUUAAUAACCUGCACUUUUUUGUCUUAAGGUUUGUUGAGCUGUUUUGUUCACUGUACUUUAACUGUGAUAUGGAAAAGACUGCAUUCUCUGUGCUGUUACUAGUUAGGAAAGAGAAUUGCUUUGAUUUUGUCUCUUGUUUACUAUAGCUUCUUGAAGUUAAGCCUUGUACUACAGGUUGUUGGAGUACUCCUAGAUCAGUGUUUCAUGGUAGCCAGCAAUAAGUAGUGCAAGUCAACAAAAACACAGCAAACUUAGGCAAAGUGUCCUUUCUUUGAGAUGCGAGUUCUUUCAUGAGGUUUUCUUUAGGGUCCGAGUUACCUAAAGUGAAGCCUUUCUUACCUAUAGACUCCAGAUUCUGCUUGGAAUCCUACCGGAUCAAGAAGCACAUGCAUUGUGCAAUUGUCUUCACACUAUAUAACAGUUAAACACAAUCUUACUAAGAUUUUGAAACCAGUGUCUGAUUUAUGGUCAGUGGGUUUAAAAAGAAAUCCACAUGCAGAUCUUUUAAGACUUAAGACGUGAUCAUAGAAAAGACUAUUGACUGUAAAGAUGCUCUUUUUUUGCAUCUCACUUUACCUCCCCAAGUAUCCUCCCAGCCUUCCCUUCUCCCCUCUCCUGCUCCUUCCUUUUCUCACCCCCCACCCCAGGUGCUCAGUACUUUACCAUGGUUCUAUAUCUCAGUGUUUUAUGUUGGAGUUUUUCCUUGUUUUUAUUUUACUAGUUGGUGAACCCUGUUUGUGUUGAAACAAAAAAAGGAAAUGGUAUAUUUGACCAUAUGUGUUAUUCAUAGAAGACAGUAUGAUCAAAUGUGCCAAAACCAAGUAAACAAAACUUAAUUCAUGACAAGUAUGCCUUAUUUUUAAUGAUCUGCUUUUGUCUUACAAUUAAGGUCCAAGAGCUUGGUUAAACUAUAUUACUUGCCUAAGUAUAAAAGAACACUUGAAAUGCAUUGCGUUCUUUAAAAUGAGAGACACUGUCAAGUAAUUUAAUCCAGAGAUCAGCCACCAGAUUUGAAAUGCCCAUAUUAUGUGUGUGUGUGUUUGGUGUUGUUCGUUUUGUUUUGUUUUUGUUUUUGUUUUCCUUUUAAGUCACCAAAUCUUUUUUAAAGAUACUUUUUAUUUGUGCCUCCUAUUUAUAAUGCUGAUGUUGGAAGCAGCAGUCAUCCAACCACAGAGGGAGCUAAAGUUAACUAACCAGAACUGUAGAAAUCAUUACACAUGCCUUUGACAACAAAGGAAGUUCACAAGAAAAGUCAUGUUGGCUUUUCCUCCACUAGAUACAGGUUGGAGGUAGAUGAAUAUUUGCCAAAUGGAAAAAAAAAGGACAGUGUGAGUCAGGAAAGACAAACUUUUCCAGCUUCUCAAAAGCCAUGGAGAGUAGAAACCAAACCCAACAGGGAAAUAAAAAACCUUGAAAGUCUCACUUUCUAGUUGUCCCAUGCAGGGGUUGAAGUUUGACUCAGAGUAGAAAAUAUAUCAGUGUGUUUUUUAGAUCUUCACAUCUAGAGAUGGAUAACUAUUCCAGUUUGAUUUUUCAGGUAAUGGAGAAAGCUGCUAGUAAUUUUAACCCCUGCCUAAAGAAGACAAAUAAUUUCAUUUGGGAGCAAAUACUUGUUGCCUUGAAAAAUAGCACUGUAAUAGCCUAUGAUAUAAUUAGUUAUAGAAUAACCUUUAUCCCUUUUAAACUAUGCAAAUUAUUAAAUAAUGUAAAUUAGGACUCGAUUAAAGAUAGUUGAUUAUAUUGCAAUCAGAUGGCAUUCACAAACUUAACUGGAGCAUAUACAGAUAAAAUCUAUUAGUCUAAGUUUUGUAUGCUAACAGAAAAAUAUAAUUUAGCUACCUAUUCUAAAAUGGUGAGUAUUAUUAAUAUUGUACUAUAGGACUGGGAAGACUGCCUCCUUUUUUGAAGAGAGAGAGAUUAAGGAUUUUUAUAAUUGUUUUUCAUCAAAUUUUAAUAUUUUUGUCAAAUUUUUAGUAUUUAAUUUGUAAAACAGUUUGCUUUGUACUGGCAUACAGAAAAUAGGGUAUUGAUUUUAAACUUUUUGAAGCCAAGUGAUCAAGUACAUUUGUAAUAAAAGUCAAUGGAUAUAUAUCAGUUGUACUCACUGUUUUCUUUUCUUAUACUUAUUAAUAUAGGAAUGCUGUACUUUUUCUGCAGGAAAACAACUAAAUUGGGGUGGAAGGGAGGGGAACGUAUAAGUCCUUUGAUAAUGGAAAUCUGGGUGGGCACCAUGGCCCAAGCACUUUAUAUAGUCUCUAAGUCAGUUAAGAGUUGGUAUAUUUAAAAAGAUGUAUAGGUCACUUUUUUCCUACCUUUUUUCUUAUGAAACAGUGUUUGUGGGGGUUAUCGCGUUCAUUUCUUUCUGUGUUUUAACAUUUUGCAUUUGGCAAUGUUGAAACUUUAUAAACUAACACAUUUUUCUUUUAUGAUUUUUGGGUUAUCUGCCAGUCAUGGUUGACCCCACCAUGAGCGUGAUUAUUUUUAUCUUCCACACAUGGUUCACCCUCUCUUCGAUAUUCGCACUUAUUUUUUUUCAUGUUACGUACACAUUUCCACGUGAUUUUAGAAUGGGGAUUUCUGAAGCUGUUUCUCUGGUGGCUUUCAUAGCCACUGGAUUCAUUUUACUGUACAUGUCAGCAUACUUUUAAGAUUUUUUUUUUUCCCCAUAAAAAGUGAGAUACCAAAUCUAAUGACUUUUUUCCCUUUUCACUAUCCAAAUGAGAUUCUGCUUUCUAUGUAAAAGGAUGCUAAAAUGAGAAUAUUUAGCAACUUAGGGCAAAAUUGGUGAUAACUGAGUAUAACAUUUAUUGUGGAUGAUCCCUAAAUUUGAAUACUAUAUAUAUAAUAUGUAUGUCUAUGUAUAUACAGACAUACAUAUAUAUGUAUGUAUACACACACACACACACACACACAUAUUCCCCUUGAGAGUGGAAUGAGUAGGAAAGAUUAUUGGAAUUGCUUAAUUCACUUAUUGCUUAAGUGAAUAAGUUCAUUAAAGUUCUUUGUGCAGAGUUUUUAAAGUUUAUCCACAUUUAAAUCAUACAUUAUACUUGUUUAUUUUCAUUGCAAAUUGACUAAAUUUAGGCCAUUCAUCAUGAAAUUACAUAAAGCUAGUGAUCACUGCUGUUAGAAUUACUGUUUACACCCAGCAGCAUUAAUUACUAUAAAGAAUUUAUGAUAAAUUUUUAAGAAAAGCUGAUUUUAAUAUUUGAACUUAUUAGAUCAAAAAAAAGCUAAAUUUAAGGCCUAGGCCAUUUGACAGACUCUUUUUGAGCAGAAAUUUCAUUAUUAUGGACUAGGUGAAGAUCAUCUAAACUAGCAUUAGCAUGAGUCAGGUAGAAUUUCAUAAUGCAAGAACACCCAGGUGGAGAGUGAAAUAUAUGACCGGUUUCAAGCCAACAGUUUGUCAUCUUUCAGCUGCUAAACUGACCACCAAGUUUUGAUGUUGAAUGGUCCUAGGCAGUUCACGUCUUUAGUAAAGUUGAGCAUGGCAAAGGUUACUUGUAGAAACAUUUUUCUUAAAAAGAAUUUCGUAGCUACUCAUUUAUUUUUAUUUUGUCCCCAUAUCGUGUUUGGCAUUUCUUUUCUUUCUUCUUUUUUUUUUUUUUUUCCUGAUGUGCUUUGCUUUUGUGGAAAAUUGUCUUGUUUGAUAGGUAGAAACAUGGUGGUGAUCCUCUGUGUAAAAUAAAGUUACUUCUUAUGGACCAGAAAUAUUUUACUCAUUUUGGAAUCGCAAGAGUUUUGCAUUUUCAUGACUACAGUGUCAUUUUGAUGAUUACUAGUAAUUUGCUUAUUAAUUAAAUUUUUGUAGCAUUUUUCUGUAAAAAAAAAAAUAAGCUAAAGAGUUUAAUUGUCUUGAUUUAGGGUGCACUUUAAUAAUUCAAGAAGCCUACAAGUUCAAGGACCAAACCUUUAUAUUCUACAAUUUAGAGAAACAUGGAAAUACUCUUAUUAGCAUGUGUUUUGCUCUAAACUGGAUUAACCGGAAGGAUCCUAAGACUUAAGAAAAGAUGUCCUUAUUAUGAAUGAAACUUACGGGCAGUCAAACUUAUGGGAUAGGUGACUUAGGUAUUCACUUUGACCAGCUCAGACAGUGUUGGCCAUCAGUUCAUGAAUUAAUAGACUUAUGUUGGGGGAACAGGUCAAGCUCCCAUUGAGCUGGAGCGGAUUGGCAGUUUCCAAUGCAGGUAGUUGUUGGUGUUAUUCGACCUACCUCCCUACCACAUACACUGGCAUUUUCUUUUUCCCAUCCUCCUUUUUCCUUGUUUCUCUCUACUUUUUUCUUCUCCUUGGCAUAGGCCUGCCAGUGGUACUCCAGAUUACCUCCUUAAGGGGGAAGUAAAGAAAUUGCUGACUCCUGCCUUAGGACAUAGCUAACUGAUCCUAGGAAGAUUUCUGUAUUUUAAGGGCCGUUUUUUCAGACUGCUCUUUUCCCUAUAGUCUGAAGUUGGCGGUUUGGAGAGCAUCGAAAUUGUUUAAGAAAUUUGUGAAUUGAAGAAAGUAAGAUGUAUGUGUAUUUUAGGUAAGUUCUGGAAGCUGAGACUUACUGGUUUGGAAAUUUGAGAGCAGAAAGGGGAGAGCUGUUUAAUGUGUUCAUGAAUGGGACUGUGAGAGGUAUACAAGGGAAUGGUUUGGAGGUCAAGAGUGAGAAAUUUUUAUUGGAGGUAGGAAAGGACACUGAGGUGGAGUCUUAAAUGAGAAUUGUUUGCUAAGGACAAUGAAGUUGAUAUUCACUAAGGAAGUUUCAGUAAAAGAGAAAAAAUGGGUCCCUUGUUGGUUAUGAGAAAGCUGUUGGUCUGUAACUAGGUGUCACGAUGAUGAUGCAUUAUACAAAUCUGUUUUCAGGGGUAGGAUCUUUGCUUUUUUGGACAUAUAGCACAAUUGUGAAAUGGCAACUUUUCUGGUCAAGACAGGUUGAUGCUAGAGAUGUUAUUUUGAGGCCAAGAAAUAAGAAAACUUCAAACUUUUUCACAAUUAGCAUUUUUAAACUAUCCAAAGUAUUUAUCAUACAGACUCUUCUCCUGGGCUCAUGUUAAAUGUAGUUUGCCUUUGCUUUUCAGAAUAUUCUUCCGAUCAAAUUAUUUGAUUUUUCAGUCCACAAAGAUCCAUAUUAUGCCUUGCUUUUACAGAACCUUGAGCCUUUGGUCCAUGUAAAUUUCCAGAAGAGGACAAUAAGUUGGAUAAAAACAUUAAGUUGCAUCUUUAGGUGUCUUUUCUAUUUCUUCUAUAUUUGCAAUCCUAGCAACCAUUUAACAUUGUGGACCUUAUGAGACCCUCAGUAAUACUCUUUCUGAAAUUAGACAGCAUACCUCCCCAAACUCAAGUUUCUGUUUGUUUUCCCAUUUUCUGUGUUACUUUAAAAUUGUAGAAUUCCCAAGAGUUCCGUAGUGGCAAAUGUUAAUAAUAUAAUUUAGUACAUCUUGAGAAUUCAUUGACGUCCUUUAUGGGGUGAACUGAUAGUAUCUAGAUCUCUGUUCCCAGUAUCCCAGGAGCAUUUUAAAUUAUUUAAGAUGAAGAAUUACUUUAAUAUUUGUUUUUAAAGUUAAAUAAGUAUAUUUGGAUUAACUCUGUUUUCUAGUUUAUUAUGGACUUGCCCUCAGUGAUUUUGACAGAUUACUUUCCAAUUGCAUUUUACCCAAAUCUGUAUAUGUUAGUGAUAAAAACCUCUUUAAAAAUAACUUAAAAAAGAGGUUCUGAUUUUGUAUUCGGAUUUUUUUUUUUUUUUUUACAAAUGUCAAAUACAUUAAUAAUAGCAGGGUCAUUUUUAUUUUAACUUACUCUGUCGCGUUGGCUCUUAGGAUGAUUUUCACGUAAUAUUGUGUGUCAUGUUUUAAAUUAUAAUAGUUAUGUGCUAGAACUUAAGUCAGUGCAGAGCAUUCCUAAAUAAUCCCUCCCUUAGGAAUUGUUUUGAAAGAAGUGAAUUCCCAAACCUGUGUCAAGAACCAGUGAUUAAAAUGACUGUGAGACAAGUCUUUGAAAGGCUUCCUUGAGUCUAAUCAAUGGAGAUAAAUGAUAGCCCAUUUCCAUGCUGCAUAGAGUUGUUAGGGUUUAUAAAGUUGUCCGUAUAUAAAAGUGCAGAAGCAGGAAAGUCUAUGUAAAAGUUGCCUAUAAAAUUUCUAGUUUUCAUUAUUUGCACUAUUUAUCUUUGCACUUGAUUUUUUGAAAGUUAAGACUAGUCACUUUCACUUUUGUUUCUAGUCUUUUCUAGUUUCUUACAGAAUUAUGUUUUCAAUAUCCCACCCAAAGCAAAACUUAUAUGCAAUUAAAUAUUCUUUAUAAGUCCAAGAACAUAUUUCUUAGUGUUAGGUAUGUAGAACAAAAAUUUGUUUUGAUAAAAUUUUUAAUAUGGGCCUUUAUUUGCCAAUAAAAUCCUUUGUAAAUGUGAGUUUUAUUAAACUAUUUGAAUAAAGUGAAAGUUUAGGAUAGAAAAAUAUAUAUAUAUGAAAUGAUGUCUUUGAGAUCCAAUUUCCAGCCUGAAAUGGCAUGGUUUUGGAGUGUUGAUUUGUUUUCACUGAAGUCAAUGAGAUUUGAGGUUAGCUGGGUAUUGGCUUAUAAGAGCUGGAAGUGAAGUGGGUGGCAAGUGGCAGCUCCCUCUUUCAUGUAGUUUUCCAUAAUACUCAUGGAGUUUCCUCAUGGUCUAUGUGAUAUCUCUGGUAUUGAAAUAAUUAUAUUAAAUGAAUAUUCCUUUUUGGAAUUCAAGGUUGACUCACUUUUUGAUGGGGGGGAGGGUGGCAAGGGAUAAGAGACUCUAUUUUAACUAGAGACAUUCUUAUAACCUCAAGAUUGUGCUCUAGAAAGAAUAAGAACACAAAAAGUGUACCUGUGAACAUAUUUUUUGUCUUAGUGAGAAUGUGCAGCAAGGUGUUCAGAAUUGCAAAAAAAAAUUUUUGACAGUUUUGUCAAUAGAAAAGGAAUGUGUUUUGGCUAUACUUAUUUUUUGUAAGUUAUUUAAUUAUUUCAUUUUAUAUUCCCUUUCCCAUAGUCUUUUAGGCGCUUCAUACUUAAAACCAACAAGUGAGAGGCCUCUUUUCAGAUCUGGUUUAUUUUUGGAAUGCCUGAGUGUGUUUCUGGAUGAGCGGUGGGGGGGGGGGGGCUGUUUUAGUUCUUGACAUGCUCUUCUUGGCGUAUUUUGCUAUUUAGUCUGGAUCUUAUGUUUGCAAAUUCUGUUGAAAAUUCAGUGAUGUAUUUGAAAUGAGAAAGUUUGACAUAGUGUGAAUGUUUGUGGCUGGACUCUAUUGUAGAACCUUGUGACUCUGUUUUUAAUUAGGUGGAAUUUAAUUAAAUGGUAGAAAAUCUAUUGUUCAGAUUUUAGAUAAAUUUUGAGAAAUCUAAUAGAUAAAUCUAUUAGAUAAACCUUGUGCCCGGUAGUUGUCUAAAUGUGGACCAAAUUUGGGAAAUGAAGGUUGACAAAUGGGUAUUUGACUCUAGAUAAUCCUUUACUCAAAUCAUAAAUUAAAGGCUUAUAUCAUUAGAGUUGUCUUAGGUUUUAUGUUGUCUUAGGUUGAAUGUGGCUGAUGAUCAGCAUCAUAUCUAUGAAUUUCCUUUGGGAAAAGAGAGAAAUUCAGUCUCCAAGCCUUUUCUUGGAGUCUAAAUUUACCAUAUGUGGAAAUGAAAAAAUUUUAGAGAGUAGCUUUGAUUAUUUUUAAAUGACGUUAAUCAGCUUAAUUAAUUAUUUUUCCUAGUUUGAAGUACUUAUUUCCCAAUUAUGAAUAAAGGGAAAAGAUCAACAAUUUGGCCCCACCUUUUUUGAGGCCAUUUUUAGUGUUUUGCCCCGAUUUCCCAAACCUCGUAUCAAAUGAAUUACGGGUAUCCCUCUAAAUCCCUGUAGCCCCUUUUUGGGGUCACAGAUACCUUUGAUAAUCUGACAAAAGUGGUGGACCCUUCUCCCCAGAAAGAAAAUGCGCAUACACAGAUAAUUUUGCAUAAAACCUCAGGGGCAUCACACAUCUUCUGAAACCCCAGUUAAGGAUCUCUGCUCUAAGUAAAACUCUAUAGAGAAAUUUUUAAUGCAAUUAAUGGAUAAAUUUAGGAACUAACUAUUGGCUUGAAACAUUUCAGAUUGGAAUUACUGUUACAUGGUGGCCCCUACUAGCAAUAUGUGACAUUGCAGCCAGCUUUGUAAGACAUUAUAACAUCCAGACAGAUGGGAAAAACGCAAAGUUCUGAGUUAUUUUUAAGGAAUCAGGGCAUCUCUAGACAUGGGAGCCACUCCUGGUUCAAGGCAGGGGUCAGGGUGCCUGACAGCUUCUAGCAGGGUAGAGUUUGAUAAACCACAGUGCUCAGGAUGCCAAGGGGUUAGCUAUUAUCUUAACCCCUUCCUCACCAAAAGAUUUUAGUUUUUGCCUGUUUGGAGAUAAGAUGUCACUAGGGAAGAAAAAGAUUUGCCUUACAACUUUGCUGGAACACAUCCGUUUGGUGAUGUCUGGGACACCGGUAUUAUUUUUUUGAGAAGGUGCAUAAAACCAAAGUAAACUAUUCUCUAUGUAGAACAUUAUUUACUAGCAACAUUUGUUUGGAUGUUUGAGCUUUGACAAUUUUUACCAGUAUAUAUUGGUUUUAUUUAAAGCUGGGAGUCCAGUUUAUAAAUAGAAUAGUUGGUAUAUCUGCCCUUUCCCCCCUGUAAAGAAUAGUUAAAAGGUUUACGCAUACUUUUUCUUUUUCUCUCUUGAUGCCAUGGAGUAGGGUGGGUGGGAUGGGGGGAGAUCUUUGAGUCAACAACUGACAGAAAUGUCUUCAAAUUUAAAAAUUGAGAAUCAGCACCUUAUUUAAGUCUAACUGUACACCAUUUUAGUGCAUGUUAUUAGUUUUAAUGAUUUUUUGGUGCAUGCCUUUGGGCUUAUUCAAAAGUGUACAAUAGGAAAGUAUAUGUAUUUCCUUUCUUAGAAAGGAGAUGUUUUUCUACUUUGCAACAUGUGAUUACAAAAUCUUCCUCUGUGGGAAGAUUAACCAUGUAUUGAACUACUGAAAAGUAUAUAUUUUUAGAUAUACAGAAGGAAUCUACAUGGAGCAGCAUUCAGACCUAUAUAGAAGUCAUAGCAUUCUGUAUAGGACUAAAAAGGAAAUAACAUUAAACACUUAAACAGACUUUGUUGGGUAGAAAUACCUUUAGAUCUUGCAUUGACUUCCACAAAGAAAAUGCCGCAGAAGUUUGCUGAAAACUUUUGUCGUUUGAAUUUUCUCUGUCAGUGUAUUUAGCCCAAACAGAACAGCUUUGGGUUAACACAUACAUAAGAAUCAAAAAAAAAAAACAAAAAAAAAAAAAACAAAGCUAACUAAAUCAGUCUGGUUUGCCAGUCCGGCUUGACUGAAAUAAGUGAACGAACCACGCGCAACAUAAAAAACUGUCCAACUCCUCUGGGGUUUUGACAAAAUAACCUUGGCUGAUGUGGGAAGACACCCACUUUGAUUUCUGACCUGACAGUGAAGAUUCAUGCUUGACAUGAUUUCAAACCUGACAGUGUCUGUUUAAGGAGCUAUGGUACAGUUUGCUAAUUCAAUCCCAGAUACCUGUUGAUUACCUGUGAGAUCUAGAGUCCAAAGUAGCCAGCAGCCGUAUCCCUGAGUGCUCUGUGCCCAUCAGAUCUCUUAAAGUAAGCAGCAUUGGGACAGGUCACAGCUCUGUGAGUGACCUCAGGUGCUGUGGACAGCCCCAGAUUUCAAGAAUUGGAUCUGCUUUCUUGGGAGUCAUCACUGAACUAACGUCCCACAUGGUGUUACUUACUGUAGAUGCUCUCUCAUGGAGGAGGCCCAGAGCACACAUCCUGAUCGCUUGUGGUACUCAGAGAGGGGGUGCUAACUCUGAUGCCCUGGCCAAAUUCCAGUUUAGGGAUGUGGGUCUUCUUGCCAUUCUAAUUGGAAAUGUGCAUCGCUUUCCAUUUUCCCUGUUGAUCUUGGUGCAAACUGCACAAGUCUAUUUCUUUGCCCUGAUCCCAAGUCUCUAAGAUGCUGGUAUGUAUUAUAUGGGCCAAAUUCAUGCCUUCUCCUAAUGCAGGAAAGUUGAGGAAUGAGGGAGCUCAGUGUCAAAGUGCCCUGUGGUUGGAGGGGAAACUCUUAGGAUGUUUUAGGGAUGAAAUUGGCCCUCUUUUUAGCAUAAGUUGGGGAAUGUGCACUGGCCGGAGGCUUCUAGCCAUGAGGUGUGAACUGAAACCUAUUUUCUCUCUUUUCUUAUAGCAUGUUGAGAAAAAUCUGUUGGGUUUUUAGCAGUCAGGGAAGGCCGGAGUUCUGCAGCUUUAAUCUGGGUAACUGAGGCUGGUUUGAGCAAGACUUUGGUUAAUUAACUAGGUUCUCAGAUGCCACAGACUCCGUGAAAAGUCACCAUUAUUUUCAAUGGUUGUGAUAGAAUUUCCCCCAGUAGCCAUUAUUUUAAGGUUAUAUUGCGGAGUUGCUUUAUUUGAGCUUUUUGUGUACACAAUCCCAAACUGGAAGAAAUAAUAAUUAAAAAAAGAGGAAUCCUGCUGUGAAAGGUAUAUAUUACUCUAGAUUUUUCUUACUGUAAAUAUUGUAAGAUUGUAAUACUGUCGAUAUUUUAUUAACCAACAAAUGUUAAUCUAUGUGAAUUCAGACUUAUUUUAAAUGUGCUUCUUAUUUACUGUGUGUGGUCCCUGUUGCUGACAGUAUUAAGUUAUAUUCUGAUGUAAGAUUAACUUUAUUAAAGAAUGUAAACAUUAAUGUUUCCUUAUGGGAAAA